ACGCGAACCUCGCCAUUGUCAACAUAUGCCUCAAACUGCAACCUAUAUAUACCAUCCCUCCAAAUUCUCCCUUUCUUGUUACAUGCAAAUUCUCUGAACUCUUCACCUAUGGAUGCAUUGUGGAGUUUAGAAGACAAAUGGAAGCUCACAACUCAACAAGCACUUAUAUUGUUCGUAUGCACAGCCGUCGCGGUUAUCGGCCUUUGCAUGGCCACAAUCCUAAAGAAGAUGGCCCAGAGAAAGGAAGCGGUGGAUCGAGACAAAGAUCGAGGGAAAUGGGCUGAGCCGAGUUGUGAUUGGGUGUCGAUUAAGAGGAUGUUGAUGGGGUCAGUGAGGUGGAGUGGUGCAAACAAGUGGGAGGAGAAGGCGGAGGCGCCACCGUUGUUGGGACUGAAGAAAGGCUGUGAGGGGGUGAUGGGGUGGCAAAGCCACAACUCGGAUUCGCCGGUGUGGCAACGGCCGAUACUUAUGGGGGAGAAAUGUGAGCUUCCAAGGUUCAGUGGGCUUAUUUUGUAUGAUGAAAGUGGUAACCCACUUGAUCACUCUCUCUGUAUCAAGGAAACAUCUCCCAAACAUGACAUGAUUCACCAGGAAAAGCCAGUUGCUGUUGUGAGAACUACUUUGAAGGACUUGCUCUAAAUUGUUUUUGUGUUUUACUAGCAAGUUGUAGCAAAAGAUGCUAGAGUUCCGAUGGUGUAAUCAUGUUCUAAUCUUAACCGAGUUUAAUGUAAAAAUUUUAGCCAUGAACAAACAAUUUGUGCACUCUUUAAAAAAGGAAGUAUCUUUGAAA